UGCUCGGCGCGUCGUCUCGAACAUCUGAUUCGGCAUCAAUUGUGCCGAAGGAUGCAUCAUCAAUUUGCGGUCCGAAGUGAAUUACGGAGCGACACGCAGUCUGUAAUGCCGCUCUUCCCACCUGCUUACCUGCCAGGCUUUUGCACCUUCGGUAUCCCUCGUUGACAAUCCCAGCUGCAGCAACUAUACAUCGAUGCUGACGCUCCCGCGCUGACCCCUCACUUCAACUCACGAUCCUCACAUCUCACAACACGCUCGGACACCCAGCCUCGUCAUGAAGCUCCCCCCAAUCGUCGUCGCCUGCCUCUCUGCUCUCGCAAUCGAUUGCUGUUCCAAUGUAAUCGCGCAACGCCUGAAAGCAUGGCGCGACGAAAAACCCUUUGUCUUCGACCGCGUGCUGUUCCUCCAGUUCGCGUUUAUGGUGGCGCUCACCGCGCCAAUAAACUACCAUUGGCAGAAUUGGCUUGAGCGCAGGUUUCCAGGAUGGAAGGUGGUCACACAGCCAAGCGGUGCGGACGAGGAGAAAGCGCUGGGAUUGAAAGAAGAUGGAGAGGAUAAGAGGGGCGUCGAGGAGGUGAAGGUGAGGAACUGGUGGAAUAUCUUUAGGAAGUGGUUUACGGAUUGUAUCACGAUGGGUGCGCUGUUGAAUCAGUCGAUGUUUCUGAUAUUAUUUGGCAUCAUGAAGGGCAAGACUAUGGCAUUGAUUGUGCUAGAUUUCAGAAACGAGCUAUUCGGUCUCAUCUUCGACUCGUACAAGGUCUGGCCCAUUGCGAACUUCUUCAGCACCACAUAUAUCCCCGUCGAGCGCCGUAUCAUGUUCCUCAGCUUCUGCGGGCUUAUCUGGAAUAUCUACCUCAGUCUUGUUGCUGCUCGACUAUAAGCAACACAGCAUCCAAUACAUACAUCUUCGCUCUUGCUUAGAGCCAUUUCUAUCUAUUGUUGAUCCAGGGUAUCGAGGCUAUCAGCAU